AUGGCUUCUCAUGGUGGUAACAGUUUCCUGCCUCUUGGUUCCGAUAUUCAACUUCAACCUCUUUAUGCUGGAGUUGUAAUCGCUCUCCUCGGCGGCGUUUACUUCUCUUAUAAGUGCAGCAAAGAAGACGACUCUCCAGGCUUCCUAAAGUCGUAUCUUCUCUUCUUUUAUACCUGCUUCCUUAAGCCUACCAAGGACGGGCCCAAAGCUACUCAGCAGGAUGCCCUAGAGAGCUUCUAUGGCAAGCAGGCAGGCGCUUACGAUGCCACCCGCCAGGUCCUGCUCAAGGGCCGCGAGGAUAUGCUGGCAUUGGCUGCCGCCCAGCUCGAGUCCAAGGCCGCUGAGCUGAAGGCUGCAACCGACAAGCAGAGGUCCAGACGUAUCUGGGUCGAUAUCGGUGGAGGCACAGGAUGGAAUAUCGAGGCAAUGGCACAGAACGUCAAUGUCCCCGAAUUCUUCUCCAGUGUCUACCUUGUCGACUUCUCUCCGUCUCUCUGCGAAGUCGCAAGGAAGCGAUUCGAGCGUCUCGGAUGGAAGAACGUAACUGUCAUCUGUCAGGAUGCUCGCAAGUUUCGUCUUGAGGACUACGAGACAGGAAUGUCUUCUUCUCGAGAUCCCCUGCGAUCACCCACGCUCGGCUACUUUGAUCAAAAGGGCCCAGAGCACGGAGGAGCCGACCUGGUUACCUUCUCAUACAGCCUUUCUAUGAUUGCAAGUCCCGAUUACUACUCAGUAGUCGACCUGGUGACCACGCUCUUGUCUCCUCAUGGUAUCCUGGGUGUAGUUGACUUCUACGUUCAGAACCGGAUUGACUUCUCUUCCAGAAACUACACUGGCGGACAGUUGGGUCGCCAUGUUAAUGCCUUGUCCAGAGCAUUCUGGCGUACCUGGUUUGACUUUGAUCGUGUUGGCCUUGAGCCCAGCCGUCGUGACUAUCUGGAGUAUAAGUUCGGAACAGUCCUGACUGCUAAUGGCCGGAACCGCACCUUGGGCUACAUCCCAUAUUACGUCUGGAUCGGAUGCCAUAAGAAGCCGUUCUCAUUAUCCAGUCUACCACACGAGAUUAUUGAACGCAUUGAUGCCUUGGCCACGGAAUCGCCGUACCUGCGUCCUGUGAAUCAGGGUGACACUCUUACGCAUGCAGUUGAGAGGUCUGCGCCUGAGAUUCGCUCCAAGGCCUUCGUCACUGCUGUCCAGAAUAUCUCUGCCAAUCUGCCCCUUCCGUCGUUCUUUUAUCAGAACCAUCACUGGCGCAUCUACUAUGAUGAUCAGCUGCAGAAACACACCCAGUUCAACGAUGAGUACAUCUAUGCAUUUACCUGGGAAGAUUCUCGCGUGGAUAAGGAAAUUCUUAAUCUCGGCCCCGACGACAAGAUCCUUGCCAUCACUUCUGCUGGAGAUAAUAUUCUCUCUUAUCUCAUGCAGAGCCCUGCCCGCGUCCAUGCUGUCGACCUGAACCCUACCCAGAACCAUCUACUCGAGCUCAAGGCGGCCUCGUACACGGCCCUGUCCUACGACGAUUUCUGGAAGAUUUUCGGUGAAGGAAAACACCCUGAUUUCCGCAACUUGCUCAUCUCUAAGUUGUCUCCGCACUUGUCUGGCCGUGCAUUCCAGUACUGGCUCAAUAAUGUCCAUGUUUUCCAGAACGCCAGUGGUUAUGGUCUAUACGAUACUGGUGGUUCACGACAUGCUAUCAGUGCCUUCCGCUGGGUCGCUCGUCUCUUCGGCCUCCAAUCUACUGUGAAACAGAUCUUAAACGUCAAGACUCUCGACGAGCAGCGUGGCCUUUGGCGUAACAAGGUCCGACCUGCCCUCUUGUCUAAGCUUGUCUGUAAUCUUGUCGUUGCCCAGAAGAGUUUCCUCUGGUCCGCCCUUGGUGUGCCUUUGAACCAGCUCGCUAUGAUUGAAACCGACCAUGCCGAGUCCGAGCUUGUCAAGACCAGAAAAGCUAAGAAUACUCGCUCACACGCUAUCUGGCACUACAUGGUCAACACCCUCGAUCCCGUUGCCGAACAGACUCACAUUGCUGAGGACAACCCAUACUACCAUGUUUGUAUGGCCGGAAGCUUCUCUCGUAAAUGCCAUCUGGACUAUCUCACCCCCGAGGCCCACGCCAAACUAUCCCGCCCCGGAGCUCUGGACGGACUACGCAUCCACACCGACGAGCUAGAGGAGGUGAUUGCACGCAUCAUGCCCGGCACUUUGACAGUCGCAGUCAUCAUGGACAGCAUGGACUGGUUCGACAACGGCUCCCAUGCCGCUGCCACACAGAUCAGCAAACUCAAUCGUGCGCUGAAGAUGAGCGGCCGUGUGAUGCUACGAUCUUCCGCUCUAAGUCCCUGGUAUAUCAAAGUCUUCGAGGCACAUGGCUUCACUGCUAUGCGUCAUGGCGCGAGAAUCGACGGAGCUUGUAUCGACAGAGUCAACAUGUAUGCUAGCUGUUGGGUUUGCACCAAGACGGAUAACUUGCCUCCUCCAACUCCUGAAAUGGAUGUAAAUGGCGGAUCGGGGAUUACUAGUCUCUCAAUUUGA